UCCUACGCCCCGAACGAAACCCACGCUCAGAUCUACAGCGAGGAGACGUUUCUUCAAGGCGCUCUUCUCGCCUCUGUUGGAUAUGGUGUCGUCCUCACCCUGUACGUUUUCUGCAUGCACCUCCUGGUCACCGGCAUGAACGCUACCAACCGACGCACGAAUGCAUGUUUCAUCGUCUACGUCACCGUCAUGUUCGUCCUCGGGACGCUCUUCCAAGCGUCCAAUUCUCAGUUCACGCAGCUGGCGUACGUGGAGGACCGCGACUUCCCCGGCGGCCCUGCCGUGUAUGAAGAAGCCAUGUUCUACAUACCGGUUGACACAAUGGGCAACGUCGCGUACGUCCUGUCGAACUGGCUGGCGGACGGGCUGCUGAUGUGGCGCUGCAUGGUCAUCUGCCGAGCGAGCUUCAUACCGAUCUGGAUUAUCAUGGCUCUCCCCUGCCUUUUGUACGCGGGCUCCCUGUCCAUGGGCGUUUGCUACCUAGUACAGGUAUCCACGCCGAACUCCUCGGCGUGGGUGACCACGAGCGUGAACUUCACGCUUCCGUACGCGUCGCUCUCGUUCGGGCUCAACAUCAUCAUCACGCUAGUGAUCGUGGUGCGCCUCCUCGUGUCACGCCGCCAGUUGCGAAGGAUCCUCGGCCGCGGCCACGGGACGCACUACACGAGCAUCAUGGCAAUGCUCGUCGAGUCCGCGAUCCUCUACGCCGCGUUCUCAAUAUUCUUCCUCGCGCCAUGGGCGGCCGGGAACGCCCUCGCGAACAUUUGUUUUCAGGCAUCCGGCCAGGUCCAGAUCAUUGCGCCGUUCAUGAUCAUCGCGCGCGUCGCGCUCGGCAAGGCCUGGGGCGCGGACACGUCGACGAAGCUCUUCACG